AUGUCCGCAGAUAUACAACUCACCAAUCUUCCAAAACACCAUGACUUGGAAAAGUCCACACCGUUGACGGUUAUAGACUCUAACACGUCCAAUCUCAACCUCCACUUCCAUCCGAUGGCUCGUAGCGUUCAUCGUAAGCUUGUAAUCUAUUUGGUUGUGGAAGCUGUUGUAUCGUUGACAAUAUAUUUCAACUACGAUAAAUUGUGCAACUUCAAUGGCGUUCUUGGUCCAGCUCUUCUUGGAUCAUCAACAGCUGCAAUGGCUCAGUCGAUCAACCAGUACUCCAAGAUGAAGUUCAACCUUAGUAAAGUGUUCCAAUUCAUGGUCUGGGGAGCCAUAAACGGCUACUUCACAGUCGUGUGGAUCGAUACGUUGAUUGUUAAGGUGGACAACUUGGUGUAUAGAAUUAUUGUAGACCAAGCAGUAGGCGCUCCGCUCUUCCAGCUUGUGUUCAAUAUCCUUAAUAGUCUUUGGGACCACGGAGAAAUCUCGGCACACACCAGAUCUUCAUAUAUCAAGUCGUUGAAGUACAGUUAUUGCUUCUGGCCGUUUGUUUCUGUGUGUAUCUUCGUUUUCAUUCCUCAAGUGAUGAUGUUCCCAUGCAACUGUAUGGCAAAUUUGUUGUGGAACAUGAUUUUGAGCAGAUUAGUGUGA